GGCUGGUGUUGGCGCUGACCGCGUUGAUUGGCUGGGGUGCAUGUUGACAAACUCUUGCGCACCGGAUGUAUUACUGAAUCGACUCUCCUGCAAACACGAUAGUAUUAACCAUGUCGGAUUCGGAUGGACCCCCGCCUGAGCCAGCAGGGCUUGAUGGUCUCCCUCCCAUGUACAGCAUCGCUAAGGGGGAAGUGGUCUCUGUGCAAACGUAUGGAGCGUUCGUCCGCCUCCCCGGAUACAGAAAGGAAGGCCUCGUACACGUGAGUGAGAUGUCGGCCUCACGGGUCGAGAACGCUUCAGAGAUCGUGGAGAUGGGAGAACAAGUGUGGAUCAAAGUCAUUGGAAGAGAGAUUCAGGGUGAGAAGGUCAAGUUGUCCUUCUCCAUGAAAGCUGUCAAUCAGGGCACUGGGCGGGACAUGGACCCGAACAAUGUUAUGGCUGAGCAGGAUGAGAGACGACGGAGGAGCUUCAAAGAUCACACUGGGAGGAGAAUCACUCUGGACGCGGUGCUGAACACAACCUGCGCAAAGUGUGGCUGCAAGGGUCACUUCACAAAAGACUGUUUUUCUACGCCGGGGCUGCAGUACGCCCUCCUUCCUGACGUAGGCGAGGAAGAGCCACAGCCGCCUCCACAGCCGGCCUCCGCAGUACCACUGCAGCCAGACGCAGAGAAGAAGAAAAAGAAGAAAAAGGAGAAGAAGGAGAAGAAGGCGAAGAAGAAGAGGAAGAGAGAGAGGAAGGACUCUGACAGUGACGGCAGCAGCAGCAGCGACGGGGCGACAGCCUCCAAAAAGGCCAAGAGAGGGCGCCACACACAAGACCGGGAGGACAAAAAGAAGAAGAAACACAAGAAAACCAAAUCCCACAAACACAACUGAGACACCACACUUUUAUUUCAACACACACGCUCGCGCAUGCACACCCGAUUGCAACCAGAACAGCUCCAGAAGGAGAAGUGUUGGAGAGCAGAAUGAUGAACGGACUUCCUCUUAAACUAUUCUUAAGCAAAAUCAGUAGACGUCUUUCACCAGACAUUUUUUUUCUUUGUGUUAUUUCUCCUCAUAAACUUUUGUGAACCGGAAGCUUCCAUAAUAGUGAACAUUAGCUAAGGACUGCCUUUAACGUAUUUUAUUCCACAUGCCAAGCAAGUUCAGAAAAAGGCAGACGUGGCGAAGAUAAGCGUGGCUGCGUCCUUGAGUAACCCCAGAGUCGCGGGGCUUCAGGUAACCAGAUAGGUGGACCAAACGUCCAUCCACAUUGGAUAGCCUCAUCUUGUUUACAACUCUCGGGUUACCUGUAGUCCAGGAAAUCCAAUCAAGGAAGACAAGGUUUGUAUUGGUUGAAUUUUGUUCAACUACUACGAAAUGCAACAAAUGACAUGAAAUCAGAUGCCUUAAUAGGAAGUGGCAAAAACAGACAGGAAGUGUGGAUACCCACACAGACACUGACAGAGAUCAUGCACUAUAACGGUAUCCUGUUUCUGCCAAUCUCUUCCGGUGUGUGUGUGUAUAGUGUGUGUCUUUGCACUGGUCAUCAAAUGUCUGCUUAGUGUUCACAGUCUGCAUGUCUCACCGUCUUGAGUCCUAAUAAAAAACAUCCAAGAAAUGUUAA